AUGGCGGCAGCCGGGACAGCGGCGGGGACAGCGGGACCCGAGCCCAUGCCGAGCUACGCGCAGCUGGUGCAGCGCGGCUGGGGCAGCGCGCUGGCGGCGGCGCGGGGCUGCGCGGACUGCGGCUGGGGGCUGGCGCGCCGCGGCCUGGCCGAGCACGCGCACCUGGCGCCGCCCGAGCUGCUGCUGCUGGCGCUCGGCGCGCUCGGCUGGACGGCGCUGCGCUCGGCGGCCACCGCGCGCCUCUUUCGGCCCCUGGCCAAGCGGUGUCGCCUCCAGCCUAGAGAUGCCGCCAAGAUGCCUGAGAGCGCCUGGAAGUUUCUCUUCUACCUGGGUGCCUGGAGCUACAGCGCCUACCUGCUCUUCGGCACCGACUACCCCUUCUUUCACGACCCACCCUCUGUGUUCUACGACUGGACGUCGGGCAUGGCGGUACCACGGGACAUCGCAGCCGCCUACCUGCUGCAGGGAAGCUUUUACGGCCAUUCCAUCUAUGCCACGCUGUACAUGGACGCCUGGCGCAAGGACUCAGUGGUCAUGCUCGUCCACCAUGUGGUCACCCUGGUCCUCAUCGUCUCCUCCUAUGCCUUCCGCGACGUGCAGCUGGAAUUUACCAAGCUCAAUGUCUACUUCAAGUCUCGCGGAGGCUCCCACCACAGGCUCCACGCGCUGGCCUCCGACCUGGGCUGCCUCAGCUUCUGCCUCAGCUGGUUCUGGUUCCGCCUCUACUGGUUCCCGCUCAAGGUUCUGUACGCCACGUGUCACUGCAGCCUGCGCUCAGCGCCUGACAUCCCCUUCUACUUCUUCUUCAAUGCGCUCCUUCUGUUGCUCACCCUCAUGAACCUCUACUGGUUCCUGUACAUCGUGGCCUUUGCUGCCAAGGUGCUGACGGGCCAGGUACGCGAACUGAAGGACGUCCGGGAAUACGACGCGGCAGAGGCCCAGAGCCCCAAGGCCAGCAAAGCUGAGUGAGUGUGGAGGGGCCGCCGCCCCAGUUCAUUCCUUUAGCCACGUCCGUCCGGCCCCGCGCUCUGUGGGCCGGCCCCGGAGACAAGGCAGCGGAUGAUGUCGCCACGCCACGGACGCUGCAUCCAAAAGAGCCUGCAUCCAAGAGAGACUGUAAUAAAGGCAUGGAUGAUGUAGCAACAGAGUUAGAUGCUGCAAGGACAGACGGGAAG